CUGUCCAUUCGGACACCUCCUUCCCUCGUGCCAAGGGUCUACCGCGGGGCUGCCGCCUGAUGAGUCACUAUAUAAGACAGGCAAGGACAAGAAGGUGUAUGUUAGUACACACUGAAUUCUCCCGUAGCUCGCACGGGUUUACAACGUGGCGAGCGGCGGCAAAUUUGGCUGCGGCGGUGACCGACUUUUCUCUCUUUCUCUCUCUCUCUCUCUCUCUUUCUUUCUCUCUCCCUCUCCCUCUCUCUCUCUUUCUCCUUCUUUCUCUCUCUCUCUCUCUCUCUCUCUCUGUACCUAUCUCUUCUUCUCCCUCCCUUAUUCUCUUUCUCACUCUGCCUCACUCCCUCGUCGCUCCUUAUGCCCCCUCCUACACACGCACACAGUCGUUUCUUCCUCUCUCAUCCUUUCUGUUCUCCCUCCCGCCUCGUCUAUUCGUCAUCCAAACGUCACUCGUUGUACGUCAGGUAAAUCUUCAAAUCUUCUGGUGCUCGCUUAGUGAUCUCUUUGGUUCUUGGUGUGUCCCUCGUCGCUCAUUUCACUCGAAGCAUCGGGAGCAGCGGGAUCAGAUAGAGAGGCACGGAGAGCCUGGAGAAUCGUUAUCCGCGCGCACAGCCGACGAGAGAGAGAGAGAGAGAGAGAGAGAGAAAGAGAGAGGAGACUAAACUGUGUUUCUUCGCUUCUUUUUGAGAUUUUUUUCCUUUUAUCGGGAGAUUAAGAGAGAAGCGCAACGAUAGAGACUUCUCGCGUGGUACCUAUAUAUACAGACGCGUCAAGUGGUAAUCGCGAGCCGACAGACACUCGAAGACGCCGCAAGCACUUAGACGCUAUAUCGAAUCGCACGAUCGACCGGUAGUCCGCGAUCGGUUCGAGAUGGUGGUGGAACGCGCUAUUCAGAGGAUCAUGGAUGAUACGGAAGCUUACAGCCUGCUGGUGUUCAUCGUCGUUGUUCUCCUGGCAGUGAUAUCGUUUCGGUGGAUCCAGGAAAAUUACUCCUUACCGCCCGGUCCGUACGGAUUGCCGAUUUUUGGUUACUACCUAUUCAUGAAGAACGAGAUACAUCGGCAGUACUACGAGAUGAUGAAGAAGUACGGCCGGAUAUUUAGCAUCAACUUGGGCAGUCAACGGGUCGUCGUUAUCAGCGACCCUCGCUUAAUACGCGAGGCGUUUCGACGCGAAGAAUUCACCGGCAGACCGCACAGCGAAUUCAACAGCAUCCUCAGCGGAUAUGGCAUUAUCAAUUCCGAGGGUUCCCUGUGGAAGGACCAAAGAAGAUUCCUCCACGACAAGCUGAGGAACUUUGGAAUGUCGCAUAUGGGCGGCGCCAAGAAACUCAUGGAGAUCAGGAUCCAGCACGAGAUCGAGGGCUUCAUUCGGGGGUUGGAGCUGCGACAAGGCGCGCCUACGGAUUUCUCAGCCGCGCUCAGCAUGACGGUCAGCAACGUCAUCUGCACGGUCAUAAUGGGGAUGCGCUUCCACCACGGUGACCCGCAGUUCAAGAGGUUCAUGGACCUCAUCGAGGAGGGCUUCAAGCUCUUCGGCAAGCUCUCGGCGGUCAACUAUAUACCGGUGAUGCGGUACAUGCCGUUCGUGCAGGGAGUCCGGAACAAGAUCGCGCAGAACCGGAAGGAAAUGGCCGAUUUCUUCCAACGCAUCAUCGAGGAGCACAAGGUCACCUUCAACAAAGACAACAUCCGCGAUCUCGUGGACAGCUACCUGCUCGAGAUCGUGCGAGCCAAGAAGGAAGAACGAGAGCUCUUCCAAGGAAAGGAUUACGAUCGUCAGAUACAGCAAAUUUUGGGCGACCUCUUCUCCGCCGGCAUGGAGACAAUCAAGACUACCGUGGAGUGGGCGGUGAUCUUAAUGCUGCACAACCCGAGAGCGGCGAAAGCGGUGCAGGAGGAGCUGGACCAGGUGGUCGGCAGAACAAAGAUGCCCUCUUUGGACGAUCAACCUUACUUGCCGAUUACCGAGGCGACGAUCUACGAAAUUAUGCGUAGAUCCAGUAUUGUACCGCUCGGCACUACGCACGCCACAUUACGGGACGUGACGCUAGGCGGCUAUCAUAUACCGGCUGGCUCGCAAGUGGUGCCACUAUUAUACGCAGUCCACAUGAACCCAGAGCUGUGGGACGAGCCGGAGGCUUUCCGCCCGGAACGCUUCCUCACAGCCGAGGGUAAAGUUCACAAGCCAGAAUGCUUUAUGCCGUUCGGAGUCGGCCGGCGUAUGUGUCUGGGAGAUGUUUUGGCACGCAUGGAGAUCUUUCUAUUCUUUAGCUCGCUAAUGCACAGUUUCGACAUGAGGCUGCCUGAAGGCGCUUCGCUGCCCAAUCUCCGCGGCAACGUUGGGGUUACAAUCACACCAGAUCCUUUUAAGGUUUGUAUGAUCAAAAGAAAUUUUGACAUACCAGAGUGUGACGCCAACGACAUCGCCGUCAGUGGGCCGUUGCGUAACAUUGGUAGCCACUAGGCUAUCAAUGUUUCCAAGUUCGCUUCCAUCCUCGCUUCCAGAGCACGGAAUAAAAGUUCCUACGGCCGGAGGACGAUUAAAUAUUAAAUAUUAAAAUUCGUGAGUUGACUUUUGAGCGCCCUAAUCAGAUCCACUGUUUGCCACCCUCAUUAUAUCCAGCAGAGUUUUUUGGUAGUAAUUUAAUUAUCAAAGAUCAAAUGUAAUUCGCAAAUUGAAUUCGAUGCACCCUCUGCUGGAUAAUUUUUCCUGGAAAUUUUGAGAGAUGGGGAGAGAGAGAGAGAGAGAGAGAGAGAGAGAGGGCGAGAGAGAGAGAGAGAGAGAGAGAGAAAGAGAGAAAGAGAGAGAGAGAGAGAGAGAGAAGGAGAGAGGGAGUAUUUUUGUGAAAAUUCUUUGUUUAGCCGUCAAGGCAAACCUUCUUUACACAUAGAUUAAUCCUCCUUCUCCUCCUCUCAUUGGCUACGGUAAAUACAGUAGAUCGUUUCAAUAUCCGAAGUAGUUUUACAUGUGAAAGGAGUUAAUGAUCCUCCUAAAAAAGAAAUUAAAAAUUAUUGAAAAAAUUUUGUUGCUAGAAUAAGAUGACAUAAGCUAAGAUUAAGGCGUUAAGAAUGAGAUUUUCGUUUGUGUUCGUUGCUUGAUGUGCCCUUGCCACAAUUUUGGUGCGACGAGAUAACACAAAAAAUGCCAUUUCCAAUCAUUCGCCGAUCCCAUUGUCCUAUUACUAACGACAAUGUUCCUCGCUAAUUUUAACAAUUUUAACAUCACAUUUACAUUUUAAAGGACACACACACACACACACACACACAUACAUAUAUAUCCAUUACCUCACUCACGUCCAUUUUUAAAUUCACGGGCACGACCUCGCCAUACCAGAAGGGUGGCUUCCUUUCGCUGUACCAUCGCAGGAUUUUCGAAGAAAAAUUUUAAGAAAGCAGAAAAAAAAAACAGAAGAAAAAGACAAGAAAAUACAAACAGAAAAAAAGAACAAAAGGAAAAAUAAAACAAAAGUUCAUAUUAUCGCGGGCAUCAUCGAGCUAUCGCGAGUUUAACAAUCGCGGCAUCGUUUUUACAUUUCAUUAAAAAUUCCAAAGCAUAAGAGCAGGCAUCCCUGCCGGGACCAUAAAAAUAACGAAUCAUUUUCUUGGCUUCGAGAGUAACUUUCUUAGUUACUCUCGGAGAUAAAGAAGAGUUACUCUCGAAUAAUUAAAGAAAGACGAACGAGUCCUCUUCGGCGACGGCUUAGAGUACAAAAGGAGCCUACGGUUCGGAUCGACUCUCCCUAUCCUCUCCCAUCCUCUCGUCAGCACUUGCUCAUUCACUCAUUCACUCGCUCAUUGAAUCAUUCAGUUACUCCAACCUCUCGCCCUUGUCUCUACAUCCAUUCUUCCACGAGUAUUUAUUUAUAACGCACGCAAACGUUACUUUUUACCUGCCCCUCCUCCUCCUCCUCCUCUUCCUCUUCCUCCUCCCACUCUGCUCCCAUACUCCUCGCCAGGUAUUUAUUCACGCUUAGUCAUUAGAUCGGCGAGAUCGGCGCGAUCUCGGCGUGUCAAACGGUUUCGACAGCGCGCGUUUCCCGCGACUGAUGUCGAUCGCAGCCGCGUCGCUUCGUCGCGGCUUUCGGAGACCGAUUCUCGCAUCGGUAACGGGCGAGAUCGGCUCACGACGUCGCCCCGAUGUUCGGAUACGCGGCAUUUGACGAAAUCUACGUCACGAUUUAGAACGCCGCCGACUCGCCGUAGAUCUCCGCGGACGAACGAGGGUGGCGGCUCGAUGCACCUCUUUUGUCCACAUUAACGUAGUAAUAAGACGCCAUUAAGACGAGCAGAAAAAAGUAGAAAUGGCAGUAAGUUACAAGCGAGAAAAAAAAUAUAUGUAUGCGUGUGUGGAUUUGUGUGCAUAUAGAUGUUUACUCAUCACAGAUGACUGUGCAUAAGCGUACGUUCGCCAUGUGUGUGUGUGUGUGUGUGUGUGUGUGUGUGUGAGCGUAUGCGUAUGUGUAUGCGCGCGCGUGCGCGCGUGUAUUUAAUGAUAUAUAGCUGGUCGACGAGAGACGAAUCGCGUGCCUAUCGAGACGAGAAGGCGAGAGAGGACUGCCCUCGCACCCGAGACCACCCGGUUUUGAUAUCGCCGCGGCGUCAGCGUUUUCUCUAGCGCGCGCGCGCGCGCGCGCACGCGAAUGCGGACGUGCUUUUCUAGCGACGCGAGAGCGGGUCGUGGUUCGACAUCGGCCGCGAUCGGCCAGCACGAAACGGCCGAACCGGACCGGGCCUCUCUCGAGGGGCCUCCUGAGAAAACGAUUUUCGUGAAAGUCACCGACAGAUUCCGUUGCGACAUUCGCCAUCCGGCGCGGCGCGACGACGACGAACGCGCGCGCGCGCGCGCGCGGCGACGAGCGUUCGGUAACAACAUGGAUCAUCGAUAUCGAUAUCGAUCGGGAACACGGCUCGGGUGUGAGUGCGGGUAAAGGCUGUGAA